AUGCACUUCAGCAGCAUCAUCACAACACUACUGAUGCAAGCGAUUUGCAUUUCUCUACACUUUCAACCUAUCAAAAACUUUUCAUUUUUAUUGCCCACACUUGAAGAAGUAGGGGAGCUCAACUUUAAAGGACCGCUUUCUGCCACCUCUGCUGGCCACUCUUCAGUACAGUCAACUACAGAUACUUCCGCAGGUGACAGCAGUUUGCCAGCAGAGUUCGACUGGCGAGAUCACCAUAAAGUCACCUCGGUUCGUGAUCAACGACAGUGCAAUGCCUGCUAUGCAUUCGCCGUCACCUCGGCCAUUGAAAGUGCUCUGGCAAUACAGUACGACAUCAACAUAGACACAACGAUUACCAGGUCGACGACCAUCACUGUCACCAACAGUACCUCAAGCGGAAACAAUACCGAAAACGGAAACAGCACCAGUAACAACCUGAGCUCCGUGCACAUGGUCAACAUGAAGCAGCUGAUUGACUGUACCUUCAUGAGGAAUCGAUCAAGAGAAUCAAACACUUCUUCUUCUUCUUCUUCUUCUUCUGUUUCCUCUUACUCUUCCUCUUCCUCAACAAAAUCAAAUAGCAAUUACUAUCGCAAUAAUGCUUGCCAGUAUGGCUACAUUGAGGAUACGUUUCGCUAUGUAGUGGAAAACGGUCUACUGCCUGAGGAGAUCUAUCCUUAUGAGAUGCAGAAAUCAGCCUGUCGCCCAUUUCCACUGUACACUAACCGUACAUUCAUCAGUGGCUAUGAAAAGAAGCUCAACUUAACUGAAAAUGAAAUAAAGGCGCUAAUUUAUACAAGUGGACCAGUAAUUACGCUAAUUAACGACAAGGGUCUGGAGUUUCUCAACUACAA